UCAAUUACCGGGAAACGUGGCUGUGGGUCUGGGAACUAGUCUCUAGGUCCUGGGGUAUGGUGCGGUUCACUGUGGAUAGUACAUAUACGUCGAUGCGGUAGUCCAUUGCGAUUAUGUUCCCCUCACCCUCAUCGCAACACUUUCCUGUCAAUUUCGUUUGCGUUGAGAUACGAAAAAGAUGUGGGGCACUAAACUUCCACAAUUCAACGUCUAUGGGCGUGGUCGCCCAUUACGAUGGGCAAUUACCAUCGCUUGUCAAUUGGCCUUCGUACUUUUUGGUUAUGAUCAGGGCGUUUUCAGUGGAAUUGUUGGUAACGAGGAUUUCUUGAACACCUUCAAUCACCCGUCUCCUGGCCUGGAAGGCAUCAUCGUUAGUAUCUACAAUUUAGGUUGUUUCACUGGUUGCGUCAUCAAUUUCAUGAUCUGCGAAUUGACCGGCCGGAGACUGGCGAUGUUGACUGCCAUGAUCUGGAUUAUCGUUGGGGCCGUCCUUCAGACUUCCGCAUACAGUGUUCCUCAUAUAAUGGUCGCUCGCUUUAUUACGGGCAUCGGGACUGGUAUUGAGACCUCUACCGUGCCUAUGUAUCAAUCAGAGCUGUGCGAGGCCUCGAGGCGAGGCCGAUUGGUCUCGUCGGAACCUCUUUUCGUCGGUGUCGGAAUUGUAAUCGCAUACUGGUUCGACUACGGCAUGAGUUUUGCUGGAGGACAGAUUGCCUGGAGGCUUCCAAUCGCCUGUCAGAUCCUCUUCGCUUUCCUCGUCAUUGCCAUGGUGCCAGGUCUCCCCGAGUCUCCUCGAUAUUUGUACAAGCAUGGACAGAACGAAGCCGCACUUAAGAUUCUCUGCGAUGUAUACGAUGGUACACCGGAUACUCCAAAGAUUGCCAAGGAAAAUAAGGAUGUCCUGGAGGCCUUGAAGGUUGAGCAAGAACAUGGCGAAUACAGAUGGUCCCAGCUCCUGAAGCGCGAUGAAGUGCAGACUGGACGACGCGUUUUACUGGCAUAUUUUAUGCAAUUUAUGAAUCAAAUGGGCGGAAUAAAUCUGGUCGUAUAUUAUAUAACCUCAGUUCUCCAGAUAAACGUUGGGUUAUCACGUAACCUUUCACUGCUGCUCGGUGGGGUGAUCAACAUGAUGUUUUUCAUCGGCAGCCUCUACCCAACCUUCUUUCUCGAUCGCAUAGGAAGAAGGAAGCCAAUGAUGUGGGGAUCCUUCGGCUUGGGAAUAUCCAUGAUGAUGAUUGCUAUUCUUCUCAGCUUUCAAGGCAAGUCAGAGGCGUUGGCCAAAGCGACUUCAUCGGCCAGUGUUGCAUUCUUCUUCACCUACAUGUUGAUAUUCGGCGCUACUGCUAAUUGUAUCCCUUGGGUCUAUGUUCCAGAAAUUCUCCCCCUGCAUGUUCGAGCAAAGGGAACUGCUGUUGGUAUCUCUGCUAACUGGAUCUGGAAUUUCUGUGUUGUCAUGAUCACUCCCUCCCUCAUCAACAAUUUGCAAUGGAAGGGAUACUUGAUCUUCAUGAUCCUUAACUUUUUAUUCGUUCCUUUCGUUUAUUUCUGUUUUCCCGAGACAUCGAACCUCACGCUUGAGGAGAUCGAUUAUCUGUUCUACGGGAAGCAUGCGGUUAAGCACAGUGUUCAAGUUUCAAAGCAUGGCUGGGGCGAGAAUGGUCCACCGGUUGCUGCAGGCCACGGAAUUGUGCCAGCAGAUCUGGAAAGUGGCAGCCUGCAUAGCAAAGAGAAGCCCGCUGGUGUCAUUGGUGGUACCGAGCACAGGGAAACCAAGCACUGAGAUAUACGAUUGGCAGACCUGCAGUCAGCAGGCAGGGAAUGCCAAAAGUCUCUGCCUUCUAGAAUUUUGAGAAUGUGCAUUCCCUCCAGGCGCGAUCAUUCCGACAAUAAUAAGAAAUUGCGGCACAGUUGUUGGAUAUGUAUAUGUACAGAAGGUUGGUACGUCGGGCUGGCCCCAUGG